AUGCCUUUCGGUUUGAAGAAUGCUGGUGCAACCUAUCAGCGAGCCAUGCCAACGCUUUUCCAUGACAUGAUGCACAAAGAAAUUGAGGUCUAUGUGGACGACGUGAUUGCUAAGUCCAAGACCAAAGAAGAGCAUGUUGAGUAUUUAUUAAAGUUGUUUCAAUGUCUGAGGAAGUACAAACUCUGUCUGAACCCCGACAAAUGUACUUUCGGUGUCCAUUCAGGAAAGCUACUAGGCCUCGUCGUCAGUGAGCAAGGUAUUGAGGUGGACCCUAACAAAGUCAAAGCCAUUCAAGAAAUGCCCACACCAACAACAGAGAAACAAAUGUUAUUGUCAGAAUACGAUAUUGAGUACCAUACCCAGAACACAAUAAAAGGAAGUAUCUUGGUUGACCAUUUAGCUCACCAGCCAAUUGACGACUAUCAAUCUAUUCAAUUUAACUUCCCCGAUGAGGAUGUAAUGUACUUGAAAGCGAAAGAUUGUGAUGAACCGUUGCCAAGUGAAGGGCCAGGUCCAGAAUCCCGUUGGGGUUUGAUAUUUGAUGGAGUUAUUAAUGUUUAUGGAAAUGGAGUUGGGGCAGUCAUUGUCACUCCUCAAGGUUCUCAUAUUCCAUUUACCGCAAGAUUGACAUUCACUUGUACGAACAACGUGGCAGAAUAUGAAGCGUGCAUUAUGGGUCUGGAAGAGGCUAUCGAUUUGAGAAUCAAAAUUCUUGACGUAUAUGGAGAUUCAACUUUGAUAGCAGAUGUUCUGGCAACUUUAUCCUCCAUGAUUGUUGUGAAUCGGUGGAAUGAUGUGCCUAUAAUAAAUGUUAUGUACCUCGACAGACCUGCUUAUGCGUUCGCCGCAGAAGAGGUCAUUGAUGGAAAACCAUGGUAUCAUGAUAUUAAAUGCUUUAUUCAAAGACAACGAAGCAUUCAUGCUAAUGACCUUCUUUCUGAAUGCAUUGUUGGCUGGUACCUUCUUUCAGAAUGA